AUGAUUUGCAAUGCCAAGUUGAGCAAUUCUAGUCUAGCACCGGCAAAACUAAGAGAACACUUCCUUAAGCUGCAUGGAGAUGGAAAAUACAAGAACACAACGCUCGCUGAAUUCAAGGUGAGGAGAGCCAGAUUCGAUGAAAAGGCUAGUCUGCCUGUUCUCGGCUUUGUACCCAUCAACAAACCGAUCCUCAUAGCAUCGUACGAAGUUGCUUACCUGAUCGCAAAGCAGGGCAAACCCCACACCAUUGGUGAAACACUCAUAAAACCAGCUGUGUUGAAGAUGGCGAAUAUCAUGCUGGGAAAAGCGGUUGAAGUUAAGUUAUCCCAAAUUCCUCUUUCAAAUGACACCAUCAGCGACAGAAUAGAGGACAUGAGCAAAGACAUCUUGGCUCAAAUAGUUGCAGAUCUGAUUUCAAGCCCGGCAAAAUUCAGCCUUCAACUCGACGAGACCACAGACGUCUCCAAUCUAAGGCAGCUUGCAGUAUUCGUGCGCUAUGUGAAAGACGACGUGAUAAAGGAAGAGUUUUUAUUUUGUAAGCCUCUUACAACAACAACUAAGGCAGCCGAUGUGAAGAAACUUUUGGAUGACUUCUUCAAAGACAACAAUCUUUCGUGGGAUAUGGUUUCUGCAGUUUGUUCGGAUGGAGCUCCAGCCAUGCUGGGAAGAAAGUCUGGUUUUGGUGCGCUAGUGAAAGCCGAUGCACCACACAUCAUUGUUACGCAUUGUAUUCUGCAUAGGCAUGCAUUGGCAACAAAAACCUUGCCUCCAAAACUGGCAGAAGUAUUAAAAAUUGUAGUGGAAUGUGUGAACUAUGUGCGAAAUAGUGCUCUGAGGCACCGCAUCUUCAGGGAGCUGUGUAAAGAAAUGGGAUCUGAAUUUGAGGUACUUCUGUACCAUUCCAACGUUCGGUGGUUAUCCCGGGGACAGGUGUUGAAUCGUGUUUUUGCAGUGCGUGUGGAAUUAGCCCUGUUUUUGCAAGAGCACCAACAUUGUCAUGCAGAUUGCUUCAAAGAUUCUGAGUUCAUUCUCAUUUUAGCGUACAUGACUGAUAUCUUUGCAGCUCUAAAUCAUCUCAAUCAACAGAUGCAGGGCGGUGGAGUCAACAUCAUCGAAGCGGAAGAAAACCUGAAGGCUUUUCAAAAAAAGCUACCGUUAUGGAAACGACGUAUAGAGAACGAUAACUUCGCAAACUUUCCCCUGCUAGAUGACUGUGUAAGUAAGAUCGAAGAUGUAUCUGGAAUCUGA